UAAAGUAGUCUAUCCACUUCGGGACAGGCACAGUGGUGGCACAUGAUCACCACUUCCCAGCCAGACUAUGACCGAUCAAGCAGGCUAGAGAACUCCGAUCUACCCACAUCUCCAUGAUAGGAAAUGAAGUGCCAAAUUGAAGACCACAAGGAACGACAAUCGCAAUUCGAUGUCUUUUUCAUUUACCCCUCUAACCUCCCAGAAAGCGCUAACGACCCAUACCCGAGGAGAUGAUGAUUGACCAUGAUUGACCAUGAUUUACACUGCCUCCGCAAUCCGCAAGGCCAUUGCUGCUGCUGCUGCUGCUGCUGGAUUGUUUGCUGUUCCCACUUUUCUUCGCCAACGGCGCGGAAUGAAAAGUGGGGAAUCUCAUUUCCUUCACUUGGAACCAUUGCUCCACCCGUACCAGAGAAUCUGUAUUUUUUUUUUUGGUUUCGGGACGGUCAAUUUGCCAUGUGUUCGUUCCAUCGCCUUCCAGGGUUUCAGAGCCGACAAUACCAAUCCAUCAUGAAUCAUUGGGCAUAUCAUCGGAAGCCCAGGGAGAUCUGGGUUUGGUUUCGUCGUGGUCGCAUGUGAGCUUCGAAUCAGGGUCCAUCUUCAGCCUUUUUGACCCGGAACCCGGCGGGUAUACUCACUCCGACACUGGGAAUUUAC